AAAGAGGAGAAGAAGAAGAACAAGGAAACGAGAAAAUUCUCAAGCAUAUUUUGUUUUCUUUUCUAGGGUUUCGGAAUUUUCCAGCCGUCCAAACACACAAUAAUGGCCCACCUGAAUUUUCCGCGAAAAUAAGGCGUGGAAUACACCGGUUCAUCGUUCGGGUUUGAAGUUUAUUUUCUGCGUGAGAGAGAGAAGUUUGUUUUUUUGGUUUUUUUUUUCUUUUUUUUGUUUUGUUUUAGUUGUAUCGUUGAAGACUUAGAGAGAGGAAGAGAGAGAGGAGAGAGAGGGAAAGAUGUUGCCGAUGGCGUCUUCAUCGUCGUCGUCGUCUUCAGCUACGGUAGCAGUGGAGAAGGCGACGAGCGAUCUUCUGAUAAGCCCUGAUUGGACCAUGAACAUCGAUAUCUGCGAUUCCGUCAAUUCUCAUCAUUGGCAGGCAAAAGAUGUUGUAAAAGCUCUUAAAAGAAGACUGCAGCAUAAGAACUCGAAAGUUCAGCUACUCUCUUUGACGCUUUUGGAGACAAUGGUAAAGAACUGUGGGGAUUAUGUCCAUUUUCAAAUAGCUGAGAGGAAUAUACUGGGGGAAAUGAUAAAAAUUGUGAAGAAGAAGGCAGAUAUGCAAGUGAGGGAGAAAAUUUUGGUCCUGCUAGACUCUUGGCAAGAAGCAUUUGGUGGACCCGGAGGAAAGUAUCCUCAAUAUUAUUGGGCAUAUGAAGAACUAAGGCGUUCUGGAGUAGAAUUUCCCAAGCGUUCAUUAGAUGCUUCGCCUAUCUUUACGCCACCUGCUUCACAUCCAACCCUGGGACGUCCUCAACCUGGAUAUGGAAUGCCUAGCAAUGCUUCAAGAAGGCUUGAUGAAACCAUGGCAACCGAAAUUGAGACUUUAAGCUUGUCAAGUAUUGAAGCUAUGCGGAAUGUUUUGGAACUCCUGGGUGACAUGCUGCAAGCUGUUAAUCCUAGUGAUUGCACGGCUAUAAAAGAUGAAGUGAUAGUUGAGCUAGUUAACCGCUGCCGUGCAAACCAGAAAAAGCUGAUGCAAAUGCUAACUUCAACUGGGGACGAGGAACUUCUUGCUAAGGGUCUUGAACUAAAUGACAGUCUCCAAAGUUUACUUGCAAAACAUGAUGCAAUAGCUGCUGGUUCCCCUUUGCCAGCUCAACUUACAAAUUCUAGUCCUCAACGAACUAAGACAAGUACCUCUAGCAUCAAACAGGCGGAAGUAAAAGAUUCUAGUCCAAGAGAUUUCAGUCCAAGACCAAAUGUUAGCCCUUCUGCACCUGUUACUACUCUGAUAAGGAGCCAGAUUUACGAAGAAGAAGAAGAGGAAGAUGAAUUUGCACAACUAGCUCGAAGGCAUUCUAAAGCACUAUCCACAGCCCCGCAAAGCACUUCUAAUGGCACCACUGAAGGUCUGGCAAUCGUGAGUGUGAGCAGCUCAACGUCUACUCCAGCAGCUUCCACAUCAGCCAUGAGCAAUGCACUAGCUCUCCCUGAUCCACCUGCACCGGUUAAGACCAAAGAGCAGGACAUAAUUGACUUACUGAGCAUUACCUUGUCGACAACAGAAGCCUCCCCCCUCACCCCCCACACUCCACCUUCUAACCAAAACAUGCAUCAGGUGCCUGUAUCUGCCAGCACACAAGCUUUUCCCCAUGCUUCACAAACUUAUUCUGGAAUUCAGGGUCAGGUACCGUACAAUAGCUAUGUUGCUCCAUGGGCACAACCUCACCAACAAACGCAACCUGAAGCCCCGCCGCAACCUCUACCACGAGCUCAAGCCCACCCGCAUGUACAACCUCAACCUUCCUCUCAUGUGCAACCUCGACCUUCCUCGCACGUACAACCUCAAGCUUCCUCGCUUGUACAACCGCAACCAUCUACUUACUCAUCCGGUUAUCCCCCUCCGCCUUGGGCUGCUACACCUGGUUAUUACAGCAGUCAGAGUCAUUUCCCCACAAAUAAUGCAUUUGCGACUCAUACCAAGACAUCUUAUAGACCGGUACAAACCAACACCACUGUGUCUUAUACACCAGCUCAGAGUGGUCAACCCUUGCAGCAUUAUAAUUCUUUCCCAGCAAGAGAAAAUGGGCUAGCUAUUAAUGGAGAAUCACGGGUAGCCGCACCCAAUGCUAGAAACCCUGCCCCUCCAGCAGCACAAAAGCCUUUUAUUCCUUCGUACAGAUUGUUUGAAGAUCUAAAUGUAUUUGGCAGUGCAAGUGGCAAUGCAUCGUCUGGCUUGGCAGGGACUUCUGGCCAAAGUAUGGUUGGUGGAAGGAAGUGAAAUUCUAGGAUACAACUGGACUUUUUACAUAACUGGAUAUGUAUAUCCCUGUGAAUAUGAUUGUACAUCGAUAUCGACUUUCCGAUUUCGAACUCAUGAAGUUGUGAUUGAUCGUCAAUUAUCUUCAGUACCGUGUGUAACUUUGAAGAAAGUGGUCCUUUGUGAAAUUCACAUAGCGUCUUCUUUCGUCUGUGAAGUAGGUUUGAUUUAAUGUGCAGCACACCUACAAACCCAUAAUCCUCCCAGUGGUCGUGCCUAAUAAUUCCAUUUAUAAACUCUGUUCCAGGCAUAUUUUUGGUUCUA